UAUUCAUUAAGUUAGGCAUCAGGGUCAUGAACAUCAAAACGAAAAAAGAGAAGUGCCACUGGGAUUAUCAUAUAACUUUGUCUUUACAUUUUCUAUUGGGUAUAAAGCUAGCUGGGUUGAACUGCAUUCUCUAAAUAAUGCAUUGAGAAGUGUGGAUGUCUUGGCAGGUAAGCUAUAGAGUCGGAAGACUAAAAUAAUGGCCACUCUUUUGUCACAGGACCAAAAUUAGAGGCUUCCUUUCUAUUAACAGGUUAGCUUGCAUUGCAGCAAGGGUUGUGAUAUGUGAAUCCACACGUCAUUGCAACAAAAGAAUACUACCAUCAAGGAUCUUGAUGCAAACUCUUGGGCUAGUGACUAUUUGCAUAUGAGCAAAGAUACUUUUAUCAAAGAAUCAACAGUUGCAGCCAUGAUUGAAUUAGCUUCAGUCCCAACAAUUUAGCUCCUUAGCUGUAUUUCCUGCCCCCUUUGGCCCUCUUCAAAAGAGGAGAGAAGAAGAAACAGAUAUUCUAGCACGGUAAAACUAUGACUGAAUUUGGUUCUGAAAGAUCAAAGCCUUGGAACAUAUACACAAGUUCAGACCCAAGCCCGUCUCAAACAGGAGGGAAUCAGGAAGCUUCAUGGAAAAGCUUUGGAACAUCCAUGAAUGCCAUUUCUUUUGGUUUUGUUGCCACUGCUAUCUUGAUAUCAAUGUUUCUUAUCAUGGCCAUUUUUGAACAUCUGUUCAGGCCAGGUCCUUUUUCUUCACCUGAAAGUCUGACCGACGGUUCUCCUGAAUCCAGACCUGUAGAGAAACUUCGCAAAGAAAGAGUUUCAGCAUCGUAUGCAUCUGACUUCUCAGUGUUGAUGCCAGGACAGCAUUGUCCCACCUACAUUGCACAACCUGCUCCUCUCCCCUGCACAAGGGAAGGGAUUUAUUGGCCUCCCCAUGAACAUAAUUUUGUACAUCCUUAGUAUAUAUAUUAUACCUGACCUGCGCUUAAGUGAAGCAUCACAAAGUUCCAAUGUAUAUUUACAACUUUAAUCAAUUCCUUGAUCAUCUAAGUUGAGAUGUUAUUAUAUCUUGA